AUGGCCGAGGAUUCGUACGACGAAGAGUGCGACUACCUUUUCAAGGCGGUGUUGAUCGGAGACUCAGCCGUCGGAAAAUCAAACCUCUUGUCAAGAUUUUCAAAAGACGAGUUCCGGUUCGACUCUAAACCAACCAUCGGAGUUGAGUUCGCUUACCGGAAUGUUCACGUCAAAGAUAAAAUCAUCAAAGCUCAGAUUUGGGACACCGCAGGCCAAGAAAGAUUUAGAGCAAUUACGAGUUCGUACUACCGUGGAGCAUUAGGAGCAUUACUGAUUUACGACAUCACAAGAAGAACAACUUUUGACAACAUCAAGAAAUGGCUUUUGGAGCUCAGAGGCUUCGCCAAUCCCGACACCGUCGUGGUCCUCGUCGGCAACAAAUCCGAUCUCCGACAAUCAAGAGAAGUCGACGAAGAGGAGGGUAAGACUCUAGCUGAAUCAGAAGGUCUCUACUUCCUCGAGACUUCUGCUUUAGAGAACGUUAACGUGGAAGAAGCGUUUCUCGUGAUGAUCGGACGGAUACAUGAGGUUGUUAGCCAGAGGAUCGGUUUGGACAACAAAUCCAACGGCGUCGCGAAAGCUCAAGAUAACGGUAACGUUAACGGCACGGUUCUUCUUCCCGUCGGUAAAGAGAUUGUCAAUAUUCACGAAGUUACCGCUACUCAACCGUUGAGCUCUUCCUCCAAAUGCUGUUUCCAGUAA